AUGCAGGCUCACGGCAUGGCCGUCCGCGCACGCGCCCCGGUGGCGGCGGCGCCCGCCCCCGCGCGCCGCGGGCGGUGCCGCGUGUCCGCGGCGGCGGUGGCGGUGGCGGCGCGCGCCCGCGUGACGCACUCGAUGCCGCCCGAGAAGGCGGAGGUGUUCCGGUCCCUGGAGGGCUGGGCGGCGCGGUCGCUGCUGCCGCUGCUCAAGCCUGUGGAGGACUGCUGGCAGCCGACGGACUUCCUGCCGGACUCGUCCUCCGAGAUGUUCGAGCACGAGGUCCGCGAGCUCCGCGCGCGCGCCGCGGGGCUGCCCGACGAGUACUUCGUCGUGCUGGUGGGCGACAUGAUCACGGAGGAGGCGCUGCCCACGUACCAGACCAUGAUCAACACGCUCGACGGCGUCCGCGACGAGACCGGCGCCAGCGCAUGCCCCUGGGCGGUCUGGACGCGCGCCUGGACCGCCGAGGAGAACCGCCACGGAGACAUCCUCGGCAAGUACAUGUACCUCUCCGGCCGCGUCGACAUGCGCAUGGUCGAGAAGACCGUCCAGUACCUCAUCGGCUCCGGCAUGGACCCGGGAACGGAGAACAACCCGUACCUGGGCUUCGUGUACACGAGCUUCCAGGAGCGCGCGACGGCCGUCUCGCACGGCAACACCGCGCGGCUCGCCAAGGCGCACGGCGACGACGUCCUGGCGCGCACCUGCGGCACCAUCGCCGCCGACGAGAAGCGGCACGAGACGGCCUACGGGCGCAUCGUGGAGCAGCUGCUGCAGCUCGACCCGGACGGCGCCAUGCUCGCCAUCGCGGACAUGAUGCGCAAGCGGAUCACCAUGCCCGCCCACCUCAUGCACGACGGCCGCGACAUGGGCCUGUUCGAGCACUUCGCCGCCGUCGCGCAGCGCCUCCGCGUGUACACCGCCAGGGACUACACGGACAUCGUCGAGUUCCUCGUCAAGCGGUGGAAGCUGGAGACGAUGGAGAGCGGGCUCUCCGGCGAGGGCCGCAGGGCCAGGGACUUCGUGUGCGGGCUCGCGCCGAGGAUGCGGCGGGCGGCGGAGCGCGCCGAGGACAGAGCCAAGAAGGAUGAGCCCAGGAAGGUCAAGUUCAGCUGGAUCUUUGAUAGGGAGGUGGUUGUCUAGGCACUUCGUCUUGGUUGCUGACUUCUGAGUUUGACAUGAUCAGGUCAUGUCGCUAUCUGUCAGUGUCUUUGUCACGAUGUGUUUAUGUAUUCGAAAUGCAGUAAUAGUGCUUUUCUGGUUCCACAAAAUUCGGAGAAUGUAUGUCCUAGAAUCUUGAAAAGCGUUGGUACGAUUUCGAGCCAAUGGAUUGAUCAUGGUAACAUAAUUUAAU